UUCCGGGAGCCCCGAAGACCUGGCGGAGCGCGGCGCGGAUGGGGGCUUGAGGGUGGCGGGGGCGGAGCGCGCCGCGAGCUGGGUGCAUGUCCGCGGCGGGCGCCGUCUAGAGGAAGGCCAAGCAGCCGCCACCACGCUUUCAAUCGCGGCGAGACGCAAGCGAGCCAGGCCCAGGGCCGCGGCUGCGAUGCAGCGACGGCGGCGCCCUCCGCCGCCGGUCUCUCAGCUGCCGGAAGGUUGCGGGGGAGGCGGCGGCGGCCGCAGUGGGAGCGAGGAGGUGGAAGUGCAGUUCUCUGCCGGGCGUUUGGGCUCGGCCGCGGCGGUUUCGGCGGUCGUGGCGGCCGCGCGCAGCACCGAGGAGGAGGAGGAGAGGCUCGAGCGCGAGCACUUCUGGAAGAUCAUUAAUGCUUUCCGCUACUACGGUGAUUCCUACAGAUUUUUGUUAGUUGACAGUCUGAUUAAGGGGAAUGGAAAGAUUAUGCCAGCAUCUACAUUUGACAUGGAUAAGUUAAAAUCCACAUUGAAACAGUUUGUGAGAGACUGGAGUGAAACUGGGAAAGCAGAAAGGGAUGCCUGCUACCAGCCAAUCAUUAAAGAAAUUUUAAAAAAUUUUCCAAAAGAGAGAUGCCCACCAAGCUUAAAGACCAUGGAGUUUAAAGAUGAAAAAGAAUUAUGUUCUGAAAUUAAUAAAUAUAAACUUUAUCCCUGGAUCCAUCAGUUUAGCAAUAACCGGAGAUCAGCUGAUCAGAUUCGACCCAUCUUUUUCCCUGAUGUUGACCCCCACAGUCUUCCUCCUGGUUCUAACUUUUCUAUGACAGCAGGAGAUUUUCAGGAGAUUUAUUCAGAAUGCAGUAAGUCCAAAGAAGAACGAGCAGUAAGGCUGAUGACUCGGAAAGAUUUCAUUCAGCAAGGUUUUGAAGCAUGGCUAAAGCUUGAGUUGGAAGGUCCGUUGCUGUACCACUUUGAAAAUUUGGCAAAUGAACUUUCCAUAGAAUUGAGCUAUGAGGAUAUUAAAAACGUUGUUCUACAGUAUGGAUUCCAGAUAGAGGUGGAAGAAGAAUCUGUCUUGUCAACAUAUACUGUGAAUGAUCUCUCUAUGAUGAAAUACUACUAUGAAUGUGUCUUGUUUGUGGUCCGUAAACCACAAUAAUAGUCUUAAGUGAUAUUACCUGGAAAAAAGUUUAAUAAGAGCAAAUGAUGAAAUAAACAACUCAAAAUCAACUAUCAGUGAUGACAGGA